AGAGGAACUGGUGUCAGGGUCCCCUUGGGACACGGAGCCAUGCCCAGGUACACGGUGCACGUGCGCGGAGAAUGGCUGGCCGUACCCUGCCGGGAUGCGCAGCUCACCAUCGGCUGGCUAGGCCGUGAGGCUGUCAGGAGGUACAUCAAGAAUAAGCCAGAUAAUGGUGGCUUUGCCUCGGUGGAUGAUGUGCACUUCCUCGUGCGCCGGUGCAAGGGCCUGGGCCUGCUGGACCACGAGGACCUGCUGGAGGUGGCCCUAGAGGACAACGAGUUCGUGGAAGUGGUUAUAGAAGGCGACGCCAUGUGUCCCGACUUCAUCCCAUCACAACCAGAAGGAGUUUACCUAUAUAGCAAGUACCGAGAGCCUGAAAAGUACAUUGCCUUAGAUGGGGACAGCCUUACCACAGAGGAUCUGGUCAACUUGGGGAAAGGACGCUACAAAAUAAAGCUCACCCCAACUGCUGAAAAGAAGGUGCAAAAAUCCAGGGAAGUCAUAGAUAGCAUCGUCAAAGAAAAAACUGUUGUUUAUGGUAUAACUACAGGUUUUGGGAAAUUUGCCAGAACUGUAAUUCCUGUCAAUAAGCUAGAAGAGCUCCAGGUCAACUUAGUACGUUCACAUUCUUCAGGUGUUGGGAAACCACUAAUCCCUGAGAGAUGUCGAAUGCUCUUGGCUUUAAGGAUCAAUGUCUUAGCCAAGGGGUACAGUGGCAUUUCCCUGGAGACCCUCAAGCAAGUUAUUGAAGUAUUUAAUGCCUCCUGCCUGCCCUACGUUCCAGAGAAAGGAACCGUUGGUGCCAGUGGAGACCUUGCCCCACUGUCUCAUCUUGCUCUCGGGCUCAUUGGAGAAGGGAGGAUGUGGUCUCCAAAGAGUGGCUGGGCUGAUGCGAAAUACGUCCUGGAAGCUCAUGGAUUGAAACCAAUUGUUUUGAAACCGAAAGAGGGCCUGGCGCUCAUCAAUGGGACACAGAUGAUCACCUCCCUGGGCUGUGAAGCCGUGGAGAGAGCCAGUGCUAUUGCACGCCAGGCCGACAUUGUGGCGGCCUUAACCCUGGAAGUGCUGAAAGGCACCACCAAAGCCUUCGAUACCGACAUUCAUGCGGUUCGCCCUCACCGUGGGCAAAUUGAAGUUGCUUUCCGGUUUCGGUCACUCUUGGACUCAGAUCACCACCCAUCUGAAAUAGCAGAGAGUCACAGGUUCUGUGAUCAUGUUCAGGAUGCGUACACCUUACGCUGCUGUCCACAGGUCCACGGUGUGGUGAAUGACACGAUAGCGUUCGUGAAGAACAUCAUUACCACAGAACUUAACAGCGCAACGGAUAAUCCUAUGGUUUUUGCCAGCAGAGGAGAGACUAUUUCUGGAGGAAACUUCCAUGGUGAAUACCCAGCCAAAGCCCUAGAUUAUUUGGCCAUUGGAGUCCAUGAACUUGCUGCGAUUAGUGAAAGAAGAAUUGAAAGACUCUGUAACCCCUCCCUCAGCGAGCUGCCUGCCUUCCUGGUGGCUGAAGGUGGUCUCAACUCCGGGUUCAUGAUUGCGCACUGCACCGCGGCAGCCCUCGUGUCUGAGAACAAGGUUCUGUGCCACCCCUCGUCUGUGGACUCUCUCUCCACCAGCGCCGCCACAGAGGACCACGUUUCCAUGGGAGGAUGGGCAGCAAGGAAGGCCCUUCGGGUCAUCGAGCACGUAGAACAAGUGCUGGCCAUCGAGCUCCUCGCAGCCUGCCAGGGCAUAGAGUUUCUACGCCCCCUGAGAACAACCACUCCUCUGGAGAAGGUCUAUGACCUCGUGCGCUCUGUUGUAAGGCCCUGGAUAAAAGAUCGCUUCAUGGCUCCAGACAUUGAGGCAGCGCACAGGCUGCUCGUUGAGCAGAAGGUCUGGGAGGUUGCUGCCCCAUACAUCGAAAAAUACAGAAUGGAACAUAUUCCAGAAUCCAGACCGGUUUCUCCAACAGCCUUUUCACUGGAAUCUCUACAUAAGAAAUCCACCAAAAUCCUCGAGUCCGGAGAUCUUUGACAGGCUUUGUCAUGGAUCAGUGGAUCAGAGGGUCCUUGGUUGAACAGCAAGCAAUAUUAUGCUGAAGAAGAGACCUGAGGACUCUCCUAAGUAGAUCAACCCAUUAUGUUGUUCGGUCCUUCUACAACCUCCUUUGUUUAGGCUGGUAACGGCAUUAGCAUUGCUCACUCUAGCACUGUGUUCUUGUUGACCUGGUUUGAGACACAGAAGUUGUUUUCAGAUUAUAGUUUUCUUUCUUCCUUAACAAUAUCAACAGGCCACAGACCACUUCAUUCAUUUGAACUCAAAUUUUGAAACAGAUUGGUAUUUUUUUCCAAAAACAUUAGACUUCUACGAAUCUCUUUCUCUUCUCUUCCUCCUCCUCCUCUUCUCCUUCCCUUCCCCCUCCCCACCCUCCUCCUCC